AUGGAGAUCCUUGACAGCAGCGAGCCGUUUCUACACUGGGACCGGAACCUCAGCGAGUUGUCCGAGGCCGGGGAGAUCGACUGUGUGCUCUACACCAAUCCUUUUUUUGGCCCUUUGAGUGGUGAGUUUGGGAAAGCGAAGGCUAUCGGAGCACAGAAAGUGAAGCAGGCGGUUGCUGCGUCAUACGUGAAAAGAGGAUUCUGCCACUCGUGGAAAGUAAGCACUAAGAACUGGCGGACCGUGAACGCCACAGAGUUUUCCGAGGAACAGAUUAAUCCGUGA